AUAAACCUCAUAAUUACUCUCCUGACUAAUUUUACACUAGCUACAUUACUCGUAACUAUCGCAUUUUGACUCCCCCAACUAAACGUUUACUCAGAAAAAACAAGCCCAUAUGAAUGCGGAUUUGACCCCAUAGGAUCGGCUCGCCUUCCCUUCUCCAUAAAAUUUUUCCUAGUAGCCAUCACAUUUCUCCUUUUUGACCUAGAAAUUGCACUACUUCUUCCACUACCAUGAGCCUCACAAACAACUAAUCUAAACACAAUGCUUACCAUAGCCCUUCUCCUAAUUUUUCUAUUAGCUGUAAGCCUAGCCUACGAAUGAACUCAAAAAGGACUAGAGUGAACUGAAU